AUGCAUUACCAGGCGCACAAAAAUUCCAAGAUGCUGGACAUGUUGAGCACCUUCGACAUUGGAAGGGAUCCUUUGCCGGAUUGGAUGCUAUGGGUCCAUGCAAUUAUGGUGUGGUUUGUGGUGAGCGCGUCCAGUUGGACAAUUGCAGUUGCACAGGAGCAUUUUACAGAGAAACGGUACCAGUGGUUGAAGGACAUUCCCUUCCCUCGAGCGAACACAGUUCUGGUAAGGAACAUUCCGCCGAUGUAUCGCUCCGACAGUGCUUUGCAGCAGUAUUUCUCGAAUGUGUUCAACGACGAUGUCAUCGAGCGGGCUUAUGUGGUGCGGCGUACAGGCCGCUUGUCUCACCAGGUAGCCGCCUUGAGGGAAGCCAGACUCCAGGUGGUGCACGCCAAGCAGCAUUGGGAGGAUGCUGGAUCUCCAGAAGGCAACGAACCGGAGAAGGUCAAUUUGAUUAGAUGUCAAAAGCGUGUCAAGCUCCUCACGGAAGAAGUCGCUUCAGCGCAAAGACGUGUUAAAGAUGCUGUUGCUCGAGGCGAUCCUUUGGUUUGCACCUCCACGGGCUUUGUCACCUUCAACACGGAGCUGGCUUCACGGUUGGCUUCCAGGGAGCAGUACACGCGGGAUGUCACCAAUUUCCAAAUUUCCAUGCCACCAGAUCCUCAUGAUUUGAUAUAUGAAAAUCUUGCAGAUCAAGAGAUGAAUUCCGCUGGGUGGAACUGGGCGGGCGUGGCCUCGAUUUGGGGUGUAUUUACCCUUUGGGUGCCCUUUGUGGUUCUGAUUUCCAGUUGGACAACCUUUGGAGCGCUUCAGGAGAACCUCCCUCGACUCAAGGCCUUGGUGCAAGAACAUCCAUGGCUGGAUCGGAUGUUGACCGGCGUGUUUGCGACCAUUGCCCUGAAGGUCUUCCUGGCCUUCUUGCCAACAGCACUAUAUCUCAUCAUCCGGAACUUGAUGAGUGUCAAAUCUACCACUGAGGUGCAGAUUCUCAUGCAGAGAUGGUAUGGAUUGUUCUUAGUCAUGUUUGUGCUGCUUGUGACUUCCUUGAGUCGUGGUGUCACCCUCACACUGGUCAGCAUUGCUCAAAAGCCCGGUCGAAUCUUUAGCUUGUUGGCAGACUUUUUGCCAUCUGCCUCCCACUUCUAUUUCAACUACAUCAUCCUCGGGUGGACGGUCCCUGUUCUAGAGCUGAUCCGAAACUCCAACUUCUGGAAGUUCCAUGCCUUUCGUUGGUUUUUCUCCAUGUCCAUGCAGGAGGCCAAGGAAUAUGGGGAGCCAGAAGACCCUGCCAGCUAUGGAGUGGGAGCACGAAUGGCAUAUUCUUUGCUCAUUGCCGCCAUCACGUUCACGUUUUGUUCUUGCUCUCCUUUGAUUUUUGUCUUCGCGUUCAUUUCAUUGACACUGUCGCAAGCAACGUAUACCUAUUUGGUAGUCUAUGCAGAGACAAAGAAGCCAGACACUGGGGGGGUGCUUUGGGUCAACGGCAUCAAUCAUUUGUUUCUGGUGAUCACAAUUUACAUUUUGCUGAUGACUGGUGUGCUUCAGAUGCUCAGCCAAAGCCGGCAGUGGCUGGGACCACCCUUAGUGGCCUUGGCUUCGCUGGCUAUUCUUUACUUGGGAAAAAUGCGAGUCGAUACGCUGGCAUUUGACGUGCUGCCUUUGGAAGAGGUUGUCAGAACAAGCAGAGAAAGCCAGGAGAAGGCCAAGCACCAACAAGGACGAUAUUUGCAGCCAGAAUGUGAUCCAGACAUUGUCGCUGCAGCAAUGUCGUGA